AGACACAAAACAUAGACCUGGAAUUAAAAUAAGCUUAGUCUCCUCUGUCCUAAGCCUUGGGUAUUCUUAAGUGGUAAUAUUAUAUUCUUAUCACAUUGAUUUUAUUAUAAAUCCGCACUUAUUAGCUGGUAGUUUGGCCGAACAUGAGAACUGGACGACCAUCUGUUGGGCCUGGUUGGCCAGUAAUACCACUCUUGCUCAGGCUUUCAUCACCCUUGUUCACUGAGCAUCACCUUAACCCUCUGCAGGCGGCAUGUAAGUCCAUAAGCUUUAUCAACACACAAACCAACACUGUGCUUUACCAGCUUCAUAUCAUGUUCAGCAUGGUUCAGAAUCCAGUCACACGCGCCAGAGGUGACAAGGGAGGGCAGACUACAGUAGUCAGUGGACCUUUACUAGCGAGUUGUGCUACUUGAAACAAGAAUACCUUUAUUUCAGUGUAAGUCCGUUACAAAUUGAAGUCACUUUACAGUAUACUGCAUAUUGCUAG